CCCAAAUUCAGGCUGGCGAGUUUCAGCUGAGCAUUUGCUGGUUUCUGGAACUUCGGAAGCGCUUCUUUCACUGUUCAGCUCUGUGCUCUGGAGUCUGCAGCAUUUGAGAUGGUUUCUUUGCAGCCAGGGUGUUUGGAUUACCUGCUCAAGGAGGAAAAGUUGUGAAACGAAGUUAGUCACUGGACCGUUCUAUUGACAUAAAGACAGAUUGCUGUGCUUCACUUUCUCUGAAGAAAGCGGAACGGAGGUCAAAGUCAACGGAGGUCAGAAUCUGCGUCAUGCUCAACGCUUUCUGGAUUAUUCAAAAGAAAGGGAGAUUCCUACAGGCACAGACUUCCUUGCUGGUCAAGGCUCCCCUUGUCAACAUGCACUUCCCCCCUUAAGAGCGAAGGUUGUAUCACCCCCCGCUCGACGACAUGGCGACGCACCUCAGAGUCGUCACGGCGCAGCGGCCGCCAUUCGUCUUUCAGAACACCGGUGGGGAUGGCACGGGAGUACCGUUCUAUGGGAUGCUCGUGGACCUCUUACCCUUGCUGUUCCAAUAUGCUGGUAUGAAUGUCACGCUCGACUACUACUACACCCCACUGGAUGCCGGAGGAGUGCUCCAGCCAAAUGGGACUUGGACUGGUGUCAUCGGCGAGUUGGUGGCUGGAAGGGCCGACAUCGCAGCAUUUCCGCUUAGCUUGGCUCCGGGGCGGCCCGACGCCAUCGACAUGUCGUACUCGUACUACGAGGCAGGGCUCGGUAUGAUUGUCAAGAAAGAGAGCGGCACUUUCGAUGGGGUUACUGUGUUCCUUAAGCCCUUUACCACCAAGCUGUGGCUGUCGCUCAUCGCCACCGUCGUUUUCAUCACGCUAUCUCUACACCUAUUGGCGUGGGUCUCCCCUUAUGGUCGCUAUGAGGUCAAGAAGAUUCGCAACGUCACCUCCAACGCCCGGAUCGAAGAGUUCGUGAUCCAUUCCGAAAACUCAUCGUACCUCCUCGACGCGUUGAUGGCAACCGUCGUAAACCCCCCGAUUCCGGCCAGCAAAAGCUGGGCCGUCCGACUCCCAAGCAUCGCUUUCUACCUAUUCAUGGUCGUGGUAGUCGCUUCUUUCACCGCGAACCUCGCGAGUCUGCUCACAGUCGAGUCUUUCAGUAGUCUGGUUAGCAACCUCGCCGACCUCCGGCGAAAGGCGCUUCCUUUCGUGGUCAACACCGGUGGGGCAACGUUUACUUACUUCACGCGGAGUAUGGACCCCUCCAUCCUUUUGAUGCAAGCGAAGAUGCAGACGGUAGUGGGCAACACUGCCGCACUCAACAUGGUUCGUUCCGGCCAAGUGGUCGCAUACCUUACGGACCUUCCAACCCUUCUUCAUUUCGGGGGAGAGCCUCCAUGCGACCUGCAGGUUGUGGGACCCGAGUUUGGACCUGGUGUCUACACUUUCGGUUUGCAAAAGAACUCCAAUCUGACAAAGGUCCUGAAUACUGCAAUGUUGCAACUCGGACUCAAUGGUGUUCUCGACGGGUUGCAUAAGAAGUGGAUCGACGACUUGGACGUGUGUUCGUCGGACGGGGUCUCAAACAAGUCUCUUUCGGUUCAAGAAUUUGCUGGCAUGUGGUACCUUUUGCUCGGCGUUGUUGCUUUUGGGUUUCUUUGGGCACUGGGAGAACGUUUUUCCGUCCACUUGUUGGCACGAUUUCCACGAUUAAAAGGAGAAGUGAAGCGUGCAAACGAGGCGUUAGCUGUACAUGGGAAGCGCUUCAAUCUUAGUCGACGUUUUAGUAUGCGUCCAAGUGCUGCACCAAAUCCAGACGUCCAAUCGAAGGCUUUUGAAAUGUCAUCCGAGCUUGGGCAAGGGUUUUCCGGUGUGUCGAGGCACAAUGGUUCGACAAGCCCAAUCGAUAGGGCAAUCAGUAAGGUUGAUGAAGAGUCACCAUUGGACUUUGGUGGGCAUGAAAAUUGUGAUUAUAAUAGCAACUUAACGGCAGUCGUUAUGGAAUCUGCACCGAGAGCUUAGCGGAUUGCUUUGGGGGCGCCAGCAAAGCAGCUCUCAACUUGAAAGCAGUGAACAUCCAAAGCCUAGCUGGCCAUUGACCUAGACUUCCUAGCAUAGGGCUCAUUGAGCUAGUAAAGUUAUAGCUGAUAUCGCCAAGUUAAAGUCCACUUUUGGGGUUGUCUAUGCAAGGAACCUACAAAUAUUGCUAGCCAAGGACUUUAGUACAAUGUAUACUAUUGGGUUUUUAGAACUAGGUACAUCUGGACCGCACAUAUAUUGUGUGUAUGUAUAGGACAUAGGUUCAAGCUCAUCAUUGAAAAAUGAGUUCCUGCUUUGAUUUCGACCAUG